AUGUGUGAACACAAACACCAAUCAGAUCUGUGUGAACACAAACACCAAUCAGAUCUGUGUGAACACAAACACCAAUCAGAUCUGUGUGAACACAAACACCAAUCAGAUCUGUGUGAACACAAACACCAAUCAGAUCUGUGUGAACACAAACACCAAUCAGAUCUGUGUGAACACAAACACCAAUCAGAUCAGUGUCUAUACAAACACCAAUCAGAUAUGUGUGAACACAAACACCAAUCAGAUAAGUGUCCACACAAACACCAAUCAGAUCUGUGUGAACACAAACACCAAUCAGAUAUGUGUGAACACAAACACCAAUCAGAUCUGUGUGAACACAAACACCAAUCAGAUCUGUGUGAACACAAACACCAAUCAGAUCUGUGUGAACACAAACACCAAUCAGAUCUGUGUGAACACAAACACCAAUCAGAUCUGUGUGAACACAAACACCAAUCAGAUCAGUGUCUAUACAAACACCAAUCAGAUAUGUGUGAACACAAACACCAAUCAGAUCUGUGUGAACACAAACACCAAUCAGAGCAGCAUCAGUAA